AUGAUUAUUGAGGCAGAAACAGUUAGCUCUAUACCACAAGUAUCUCUAGGUGGUGGUGCAGGUGAGCGUAGCGCUGCCGUGAGAACGGAUACUAGUGGUAGCGUCAGGUUGAAAGCGAGCGACGAAACUAUUCGACCGAAAAAGGAAAAAAAGAAACCGGUCCGCCGGCCAACAGCACUUCCUGCUGGUACAGUUUCGUCCAAGGCCGAUAUAUUUGAGGCCAAAGUUGCUAGCGCUGUGGAUGAGGCAGAUUCUUCAGAUUCUGCGGAAACAUUUAUAUACGAAUCAAACCCUCCGGACUCCCGCCCUGCUCAUCCACUUCGAUAUCAUUCACGAACCCCCAGUUCUACCUCAAUGGCUAGCCAAGCUGAUCAAUACGGAGUUCGGCCCCGAUUAGGCCUGAGGGACCACACCGUUACUGGAAAGAGAAGUAUGAAGUUUACAAAUGCCGGGUAUGGGGCGCUAGAUGGCAAUGGAGACCAGUCUAGUGGAAGGGGGAAUGGAAGACCCAACGGACAUAUCCAUACGACGCGGCAUUCCCACAUCGGCCGACAUGGGAGAAGUGGUCACCCAUCAGUCCUCGAUCAGUCCCCAUUUCUUGUUUCCCAGAGUCAGAAGCCAUCGAGACAUAGCUUCAUCAACGGGAGUAAACAAAGCCGUGGGUCUCAUAGCUAUCGUAUGACUGGCAACCCUAAAAAGAAUGGCGAUACAUAUGGUUAUGAUUUCGAUGGCGAAGGUGCCGAUGAUGAACGAACGCCGCUUGUUGGGUCUGUUCGUGUGACCCGCUCCCGUCACGCCCGCCGUCCCAACAGUGCAAGUCUUCGUCAGAUGGAGUAUAUGGAGCAACGACAAAGAAGCUGGCUGCCACGACAUGGGCUUUGUAUUCUUCUCUUGAUUUUCCUAUUCCUCCUGGCUGGAGGAGCGACAACGGCUGUGGUUGGGUUGAUGAAACCGCUUACGGGCGUGCACGUCAAGAAGAUCCGGAACGUUUUAGCCUCGGAACAACAGAUUAUGUUUGGCCUCGAGGUUCAAGCGAUCAACUCCAAUCUCAUGACGCUUACAGUCAAUAAUAUGGAUGUUAAUAUAUUUGCAAAGAGCAGAUACCUUGGCAGCGAGUCACUCCUGCACGGUUCUGUUUCUCAUCCACAUAUGGUUGUUCCACGGACGAAAGAUAGUAGAACACGGGCCCGCUUGACUAGUGCGGUAAAGCAGAAUGCUGCAUCGAUAAGCGAUACUACACACGCUACCGGUGGCAUUGACAGAGGCACAGAUCCUAUCUUCGCGGAUCCGCCCGAAGACCCUGUUGGAGACCCACAGACUAUGCUCCUCGGCCGCAUUUUCCAUUUCGAUUCUCCUCUUACCUUCGAAUCUUCGCCAUGGAGGCACGAUCCAUCGUCCUCAAUCGGGGAAGUAAGGCUUGCAAAGCCGGGAAACAAAACCGAAGAAGGCGGAACUGCUCGUUGGGAACGAGUCUUGCAGAAUCCCUUUGAACUGAUCGUGCGCGGUGUCGUCAAGUACCAACUCCCGUUGACGUCACGCAUGAGGUCUGCCUCGAUCAAUUCACAGAUAACUGUAGUUCCCAAUGAUGACAGUGGGGGUGGAGACAAUGGUGAUGAUAACAAUGAUGGAGCUGAUAAAAAACCGCCAACGACACCGGGCCACCAAAAUAACGACACGAGCGCCGAAACGUAUCAAUCCUGA